AUGACGGCUCAAUCCAUUAUAUAUCCUAUAACAUUGGAGGAACCGAUCCCGUUGAGCGUGACGGCGUCCCAGCGACGUGCCCAGCGCGAGCUCAUAGGCUCACGGAUUGCAGCCCUCGAGGAAGAAAUACGACAAUUCAAGAGUCUUCAAAAUGAAUGGGCAGAGAUAUCGCGGUUGCCACCGGAGAUUCUCAGCCAGAUUUUCGUCUGGUACAAGGAGCUCCGAUCUGGCAGCGGCCGUUAUCCGGGAUCACUAGACUGGACCAAUGUCUCCCAUGUUUCGCGACAAUGGAGGACGGUAGCCCUAGCGUGCCCGCAAUUGUGGUCCACCAUCUACACCUCCAGCAGCCAAUUGGCCAACGCAAUGAUCAAGAUUUGCUCACAACCACAACGCUUGGAGCGCCUCGUAAUCCAAUGCGGUAUGGACUUUCUCGAGACUGUGAUGGAAAAGUUAUCAGCUCCAGCUCCUUUUCUUCAACAAUUGAAGUUGGAGGGCCUGGGCAGGCGCAUUGGGGAGGAGGUCAUCCUACCCGCGGCACAGUUUUUGGGUAAUGAAGCACCGCAGCUCCGGCACCUGGAACUGGAGGGCUUCACAUUGCCCUGGCAAGCUAUUUCAUUCAAGAGUCUGAGAACCAUGAAGGUACACAGCACACGUUGGAGGGACUCCCCACUCCAUCCAGAGCCGGACUCAUUUUUCAACGCGAUGGGCGAGAUGAAGGACUCUCUUCGUGAUUUGGACCUCUCUGGCGUUGAUCUCCCCAUAAAACCUUUACCCUCCAAUCACACCAUACUCUUCCCUCGCAUGGAAAGACUCAAGUUACGAGCGUCAUCACGGGAGUGCGAAAAUGUCCUCAGGCACUUUGCUAUCCCAAUUACGGCGACGUUACAGCUCAGCAGCACAGACCGCUAUGGAAACACGCCGAGCAGCGUCUCAACUUUAGGAUCAGCCAUUACUUCAUCUUGGCUCGCAUCUCCCCUCUCCAACUCCGGGACACCGCCCUCGCUCAAGUCCCUUAUGAUCUAUGAAAGCAAUUCCAGUUUCAUGGAGGGGUCUUUUCAGGCUGUAGUAGACAUGGAACAGCCAGCUCUCAAGAUGCGAGUCGAGUUUCCAGGCGGCCCGUGGGCCACACACGUCGCCCCCACACUACCGUUGGACAAUCUUGAAAUCCUCAGCCUAUUCAAUUGCUGUUCCGUAACAACUCUCUUGUCAACUUUUUCCACUCUCCCCCGUCUUCACACCGUUUGCGUUGACAGAUUCGACAUCAGGGAGUUCUACCAGCACAUCGCAGACGACCCGGCCUUUCAAAGUCAAAACUUCACGAACUUGACGCCUCGAGAUCUUCCACCAGCCCCUUUAACACGGUUCCCUUCCCUGACGACACUCAUUUGCAGAGGUGUCCAUUUCGGGCACUCCUCCUCCUCUCUUGCCAUCCCUUUCGGGUACUCCUCUCUUGCCAUCUCCAUGGACGCUUUUGAGCAGCUCUUGACGCUACGAUCGGAGAGGGGGAGGCCACUUCGGUCAUUAAAGCUAGAAAAGUGCAUCGGGUGGAAUGAUUAUAACGUCAACGAGUUGAGAAAAAUCGUGGACGAUGUGGAAUGGGAUGGGGUUAUUCGAUUCUCAUAA